GGAAAAGGAUGUCGGAAGCCGGAGCUGCGUCUGCUCUACCCGAGGACUCAUGGAGCAAAGCAUUUAAUUGGUCCACAGAGAAAGAAGCAGUGACAUUGGAUAAGGGUAUGGAAAAUAGUGAGGAAAACUUUGAUUGGUGGUCGAUUCCAGUCUGAGAAUACAUACAGUGACAAUAUGGCAGAAACCGGUUAUACUAUGGAGCGGAAGGGUAGUAUAGUGUCCAGAGCAAACAGCAUUGGCUCAACCAGUGCCUCUUCAGUCCCUAAUACAGCACGCUGCAUGAUCGACAAUGCUUGUUCCCCAACCUCAGAUGACGAGGACAGUGAUUAUCGUCAGGAGAGUCUGAAAGAUGCCUACAAAGAUAGGCGCAGGCGGGCGCACACGCAAGCAGAGCAGAAAAGAAGGGAUGCCAUUAAGAAAGGGUAUGACGACUUGCAGACCAUUGUGCCAACUUGCCAGCAGCAAGACUGCUGUAUCGGAACUCAAAAACUGAGCAAGGCUGUUGUUCUGCAGAAGACUAUAGAUUAUAUCCAGUUUCUGCACAAGGAGAAGAAGAAACAGGAAGAGGAAGUAUCCACAUUACGGAAAGAGGUUAUGGCCUUGAAGAUAAUGAAAUCAAAUUAUGAACAGAUUGUCAAGGCUCAUCAGAGCAACCCUAAUGAAGGCACUGACCAGUUGUCCGACCAAGUGAAGUUCAGUGUAUUUCAGGGUAUCAUGGACUCACUGUUUCAGACGUUUAAUGCCUCAAUCUCUGUAAAUAGUUUCCAGGAGUUGUCAGCAUGUGUCUUUAGCUGGAUCGAGGAACACUGCAAGCCACAGACACUACAUGGUAUCGUAAUGAGAGUUCUGCAUCAGUUAAAGCAUCCGCUUUAUUAGGAAGAAAUGACUCUUACGUUCAAGAAGUUACCAGCACAACAUACCGCGGCUCUCAAAACAGAUGACUUUAAAGUGACGCAGAGCUGAUGUUAUUUGUAUUAUAAAAUGGGGCAUUUGCCUGUCAUCUGAGCAGUAUAAGUAAACAUGGCCAGUGUCUGCUUAGUGGUGCCAUUCCUCAAGGCCUGUUAUCUCCUCUAUUAUAGAGAUUCUCAUCAAUAUAUACUGGCCAGCUCUUGGACCUCGCUUUGUGCCACAUGGGCCUUGUCAUUUCUCUGCUACUUCUGUAAAGAAACUUUUUUUUUUUCUUCUCAUAAUUGACGCAAAAACAGCACAGAUUUCCCUGGAAAUAUACUUCUGAUCACUGUGUGUUAUUUAAUAUUAGUAGUUAAAGCCUUUUUAAGAUGUAUAUAUUUGUCUUUGUGUUUUGCCUACAGCCAAAGGGGCUUUUUAUUCAAACAACAUUUGGAUUAUUAAAAAGAAGCAGAUAUACUGUCCCAUAUUGGUGAAGGCUCUGUCUUGAUAGUUAGUGAACGUUUGAAUAUUCCUGUUAAAGUGACUCUGUAAUCUGAAAUUGUCUUUAGAUCAGCACAAACCAAUAAUAUCUAUAGUUAAUAUUCUAAUCUAACAAAGCUAUAUGUUGGGCUGUCCUUGAACAUCUGACAUUGUGUGUGUAUGUGACUUCUUACAAAUGCCACUACAGUUUAAGGCAGGGGUCAGCAACCUUUUUCUAGAUGACAUGUCUGCAAAUGAAUGUCGAACACCAUAGCUAAAAAAUAUGAAGAAUAGUAGAUGGCCUCCUGAUUUGGUAUCAUUAUGUGGGGUAGCUAUACAUAAUGAAAGAUACCAAAUUAAGGGUGCUAUCUACUAAACAACUAAAAGAUCAAUAUUAAGAAAAGACAAUUUCUCUUGCUCCUUCAGUAGUUUAGUAGAAAACUCCCUAAUUUUAGUAUCCUUUUGUGGGAUUGCCAUAUUUAAGAAUACCAAAUUAGGGAUCUAUACUAUUAAACACAUACGCAAUCACUGACACACAUUCAUGCAAGAGAUUUAUUUAUGAUGUCUGGGAGAGUCAUAGGGCACAUGAGGGAGCUGUGCAGGAAAAGCACGUUAAGUACAUAGCUCCCUUGCUACACAAACCCCUCAUCCUUAAUCAUAUAUUUUGGCAGAGUAGGCACCUGCUUUGUGGGUAGGUACAUGAAGCACUUGUUACAUUUGAUCUUUGUGUACGUGGUGUCUUUGUGCAUUAUGUGUGUAUAUAUUCUAAGUUUACUUUAUAAAAGAAUGCUUAUAGUAUAUAGACAUCUUUUUAAAUAUACACACACAAUCAUAAUCUUAGAAACCACUUAAAUUAAAAAAAAAUAAAAAAACUCAACAUUAUUUUAAAGAAGACAAAAAAUAUAUCUCAAAGGAAUCAAUUCAUGCUCAUUGACCCACACAUGCACCCUCUCAGAUACACAUGCUCAUUUUUUGCGUCCCCCUAUGGCAUCCUGGGUGGUCUUAUAAGGUUGCUGGCCCUUGUUUUAAUCCCAUUCCAAAUAACAGAACCACCAGAAAAGAUAUAUAUAUAUAUAUAUAUAUAUAUAUAUAUAUGGGGCGGGGAAUUGGUGUUUAUGCAUAAAGUUUAAAAAUGUUAUAGUAGAAUGAUUAUGGAUUCCUUCUCUAUCCUAUGCCUACACCUUUGUGUGUAAGACACAAUUGCUAGAAUAUUUUAUUCAAUGGAUUUGGUUGAUAUGUGAAACAGAGCGCCUUGAAAUCUGCUGCAUUUAUAUGUGACUCCUAUCAUUCUGCUCAGGAAUAUACUGUGGAUGCCUUUUUGACUUUCAUGUAAUCUGUUCUAUGUUAUAAAAGAUUUGUCAGUGAAAUAAUUUAUCUGAGCAAAUAAAAUCGAUACAAACUAGGAACCCUGGUUCAAGCAAAAGGAGUUUCUUCAAACAUUAUUCACCCUUAGAAGAGCCUUUACCAAGCUUAAUAAAGAUUUGUCAAAACGUCAUUUCUGUUUGAAGAAACUGCAUUUGAUAGAACCAGAUUGCCUGGGUUUCUGUCUGUAUUAAUGGUAAAGAGUGGAGCCCACCUGAUUAGUGCUCACAUACUUGUGCCUUCUCCUGUUUAAUCUGCAUUCCUGUGCUAACCAAUGAAUUUUGGAAACACAUAUAUGUCAAGUUAAUAAAAAGGGACAGCGAGUCUAACAAACU